UCAGCGCUCCCAGCCCACAAAUCACCUCCCUGGGUCAUGAGCUUGGAGAUAGCUAGCCGAGCUUUGCGUAUAGCGUCGAAGAGAGAGGCAAGAGACCCAGAUUAUUCUGUUAUUCCACUAACAGAUUCGGAAACCCUCGGUUUUUAAUUCACCCUUCUUUUGCGCAAUAUUUGCUCCGCCGUCGACGGUGAAAGAAAGCCUUGACACGCCCAAGCUUCAUUUAUGUUGCUGUUGGUAUUUGGAUAAUAGUCGGAGUCAAGACAUGUUAAAAUCUAGUUUGUCCAUUCAGCGCUGGCAGUCAAAAGCGGAAUCGCAAUAGACAUAAUGGCUAGAAAAGCUUAUAGACUGCAUUGUACUCUCUGGAAUCGUGUUAGCUCGGUGAUUUUACCUACAUUGAUACUGAUCAUAGCCUGGCCAGUAAAGCUUGCAGCUUUUCCUACCUCCCUAAGUGACUGUCAAACGCCUACAGGCUGGAACUGUUCCGGUUUUGAUGACAGAGAAAAUGAUCUCUUUCUUUGUGACACCAAUACAUGUAAAUUUGAUGGUGAAUGUUUACGAAUCGGAGACAGUGUAACCUGUGAUUGUCAGUUCAAGUGUCCCCAUGAUUACAUCCCAGUUUGUGGCUCCAAUGGUGUUACUUUUCGCAAUGAAUGCUACCUAAGAGGAGCUGCCUGCAAACAACAGACUGAAAUACUUGUAGUUUCUGAAGGAUCCUGUAUAGCAGAUGGUGGAUCUGGCUCAGGUGAUGGAGUGAAUGAAGGCUCUGGGGAGACAGUCCAAAAGGAGACAUCCACUUGUGACAUAUGCCAGUUUGGGGCGGAAUGCGAUGAGGAUGCAGAGGAUGUGUGGUGCGUAUGCAACAUUGACUGUUCUCAUAUCAGCUUCAAUCCAGUCUGUGCUUCAGAUGGGAAAUCAUAUGAUAAUCCAUGUCAGAUCAAAGAGGCUUCAUGUCAGAAACAGGAAAAAAUUGAAGUCAAGUAUCUGGGUCGAUGUCAAGAGAAUACUACAGCAAGUACUAAAUCUGAAGACAGUCAUUACGCAAGAACAGAUUACACAGAGAAUGCAAAUAAAUUAGAAGAGACUGCAAGAGGUCUGUAUAUUCCUUGCCCUGACCAUUAUGUUGAUUAUUGUGUACAUGGGAGGUGUGAGCACACUGUUAACAUGCUGAAGCCGUGGUGUAGAUGUGAUACAGGCUACAGUGGGUCUCACUGUGAAAAAAAAGACUUUAAUGUGUUAUACGUGGUUCCGGGCCCAGUCCGUUUUCAGUAUGUCUUAAUAGCUGCUGUGAUUGGAACUAUUCAGAUUGCAGUCAUUUGCAUUGUUGUCCUCUGCAUAACGAGUAAUAGGUAUUGAGAAGUUAUCACCGAAUCCUAGAGGAGGUGACAUGGUUGCAAACUUGUUGAGGAAGGAAGCAAAAUGGAUUUUCUAUCUCAAUACCAGACCAGAGGGAUUUCAUUUGGAAUUUGAUGUUUCAUGUUCCAUUUAAAGACGUAUAUAUCUUUAAUAUUAAUAGCUAUGCUUGAAAUAGUAGUAACAAUACUGCACCUUUAGCUUCCUGUAACAUAAGUGAACUAUAUAUACUUGUAUACUGUGGAAUGUAAAUUGCAACAAAUUAUUAUUUUAAUUUACUGAUGGCUCUUUGUUAGCCUAUGUGUGAUUGGUGUUUUGUAUUCUGUAUAUGAUUGGCUGUUUAAUAGUAGUCUUCUGAUUGGAUCAAAUUAAAUUAUACUGUAUACUGUGUAAAGCUAGUUUGUUAUUAGCCUAUGACUAAGUAUGUAUAGUAUAUGACUAUGUCGGCUUGAAACGCUUCAGGCAUAUUUUUACAUGAUAUGAACUUUUAAAUAAAAUAACGACAGCAUU